GUCUUGUCAACAUGAGUGGGCAGUCUGAACAGACUCAGAAGGGAUGUAGCUUGAAAUUCUAGUGGUAAAUUAGCUAGCUAUGCAACGAAUGGACUGGAUACUCAGGUCAUUAUUCAUAGAUUUUAUGCUAAACAGCUUUUUUCAAAUACAAUAACAUCUGGAGUCGUGAAAAGAUCAAUAUCAUGCAUGUCAUACAUGCAGGAGGGAUCAAUUGCAAGUAACGUUACUUGGACUGAACCAGGCUAUGUAGCUAAUUUAGCUAGCCUAGCUAAAUUACCGGCGUUAGCAACUACCUGCUUCACCCUGGUAACGUUAGGCUAGCUAAAAUGAUAACUGGUGGUUUGUACCUGACGCGAUAUUAGCGCAACACAUUUGUAUUUACUCAAGGAGCUUGAUAGCAUAGCUAGCUAACGUAAAGUGGUACAGAAAUAGCCGAAAUCAGCUAGCUUCAUUUGCUAGCUAACGUUAACCCUCUCGCGCACUGCUAAAAUCACAUGAAGAACAUGCCUUGGGAUGGCUCAUCUUUUACCCGACUGAUGUUAAAUGCAACUUUGUUGCUAAUGUUUCCUUUAGUUAAACAUUGAGUAGCUGCAUGCAUGUAAGUGUGCUAUUUCCGUGAAGUAUCCUUGUCCAUGCUUGCCUGUGUAUCUAGCUAAGCUAAAGCUAGUUAACGUUAGGUAGGGACCCAAGAUGGGUUUUAAUUUGUCGUAAAAGAAGAUGCUGACGCAUGGUAUGUAUCUCGUCCUUUUGUGGCUAUUCGGGAUUAAUAUUAUCAACAAUGGCAUUUGUUUGCUGACACUGGCUACAUAGGAAACGGAAAGAUAUGGAUCCGCAGUUAAAAGGGAGAAGAUUCCAUUACUAGUGGCUAGUUAUCGUUCUCUGUUUUGCCGAUAUUGUCUGCAUAGCUAACUAGUCGAUUGCUAGCUGGAUGACGAAGACACCUAUUCUAUGUGGAUGAGACAUUUCAAUUAAAGUUAUUGCUUGGCUAUCUACCUAUAUGCCAUCGCCCCAACAACUCAUUUUUUUAUCUGGUCGACUAUGGCGGUUAGCUGGGUGAGUCUCCUUUCCCAAGCCGGGGACGUGGCUGCACCGGCCGCUAUGUCCUCUUCCAAUACGUCAGUGUCCGCCAGUCCCACGCCAGAUGCGGACACCCGUGGCUGCGAGAACGGUGCCUUGAUGGACUCUUUCGGCAUUUUCCUGCAAGGCCUGCUAGCGAUGGUGGCCUUCAGUACGCUGAUGUUAAAGCGCUUCAGGGAGCCCAAGCAUGAGAGAAGGCCCUGGAGGAUCUGGUUCCUGGACACCUCCAAACAAGCCAUUGGGAUGCUGUUUAUUCACUUUGCCAAUGUCUACUUGUCUGACCUCACAGAGGAGGACCCCUGUUCACUUUACCUUAUAAACUUCCUCCUGGAUGCGUCUCUGGGCAUGCUGCUGAUCUACGCCGGGGUGAGGACUGUCAGUGCCAUUGUAGAGUGGAGGCAGUGGGAUGCUCUACGCUUCGGAGAAUACGGAGAGCCCGUGCAGUGCACUGCGUGGGCGGGCCAGUGUGCUCUCUACAUCCUCAUCAUGAUGUUUGAGAAGGUCCUCAUCAUCCUGGUCCUACUCAUCCCCCAGUGGAAGAAGCUGGCUCUCCUGAACCCCAUAAACAAUCCUCAGUUGGAGCUGGCCAUCGUCAUGCUCAUCGUCCCAUUCUUCGUUAAUGCCCUGAUGUUUUGGGUGGUAGAUAACUUCCUGAUGAAGAAGGGGAGGACAAAAGCCAAGCUGGAGGAGCGGGAGGUGGGGGAGGAUGUGCGGGGCAACCGUAAGGUGCGCUACAGACGGGCACUCUCCCACGACGACUCGGAGUCUGAGAUCCUGUUCUCGGCUGACGAUGAGAUGGACGACUCGGAGGAGGAGGAUGUGCGCCGGCUCACCGGCCUCAAAACGGUCAAGAAAAAGAAGCACCGUAUGGGGAUCCCUGUUUAACCUGGGCCUACCCAGGCUGACCUGGUCUAACCCACUCCUGUGUCCACUCGCCUCACUUCACGUCCCCACUCUCCCUCUCGAGGCCCGCUGCCCUGACUGGAGCCUCCUGGGAACAUGUCGUCUAGAUUCCUCUAACAGCAGGCUAGCAUUGGUUUUUGUGAGUAGGGCGCCUCUGUAGGGAGGUGGGAUCAUGGAGGACUGCAGAUCAUGGAGACUAUUGGACUGCCUUUACUACACAUUCACAUGGGACUCCUGCAGCCUCUACACUGGGAAUAGAAACACUUGGGAAAGUAUUUUGCUGCAGCUAACCACAUCUGAGAUUUCACCAUAGAUCUAUCACUUAUGGUCGUGACACUCAUUGAAUAAAUUAAUUGUUAUGAUUGUGGAAAACCGUUAACACGGUGUAUUAUAGGAACGUUUGGGUCUGGGUGAGUGGGUGACGCAGUAUAAUUGCUAGCACCCCUUCACUGUGGUUCCACACGAACUCUUAAGAGGCCCAGGAUAAUAUUAACUGCUUCAGGUUAAGCUGUGAAUGGUUGUAAGUGGCUCUGGAUACGAGCGUCUGCUAAAUGACUUAAAUGUAAAUGUAAAUGUUACUUUUUCUGUGGUUUAACAGGUGACCCCUGUUGGAUGUAGAGGGAGAGAUCAGGCACCUGGGAUUGCACUUGGCCGUUUCCCCUGCCUUCAAGCAAACCUCAGUCAUUUUAACAUUUUAAUACAUUUGAUACUUAUCUUCCGAAUCUAAAAGUGAUUGUAUUCCUCAUUUAGAUUCCGUAUAUAAAAUGUAUGUCUCUUCCUCAGCUAGGCUGACUGCAAUGGCUUGUUAUAAGAGUUGGUGGAGGUGUGUGUCUGUCUGUGUGAACUUCCCAUUCAUGCAUGUGCGGGAAUGUGGGAAGUUUAGGAUGAUGCUCCUAUGGAGGCUUUGCUCUGUAAACAUGCAGUGUUUUAUAAUAACCACAACACUCACAUUUCUAACUCCUCUAAGCCUAUAUCAUGACUGCAGAGGGAGGACGGGUCAAGACAGUGCAGCUUGGCUGUGUGUGUCUCAACCAUGCACCACCCAACCUUAACCUAAGGGACUGAGCCCCUAUCCCAGUGACGGUACAACCAGGCUUUAGGUCUGCAGGCCUGGAUGGGCCCUUCUCUCCCUGUGUGUGUGACUUAGCUAGGAUCUCUUCUGUUACCUAUUUAUUCCUUGUCUUUGGUGUGUCCUGUUUAUUUUUUUACAGUUAUUUUGGGCUAAAACCAUGAGACUAAACCUACACCAUGUGUUCUUAAUUCAGAGACAGUAGAUAUGGGACCUGAGGGUGUGUCCUCACAACCAAUGUUCAAACUCUCUGCUCUUGCCCACAUCACUGGUCUAAGGAUGUUCUUUGUUUGUUUUGUGUUUUUGUAUUUGUUUUGUUCAUUCUUUUUUUUCGACAAUGUGCCUGUGUGAAUUUACCGUGUUUGUGGAUGUUCGUCUUGUGCCUCAGAUCUUCAGACUUGCAGUAGCAUUCAGUUGGUUUGGCUCGGAUGUUGAGAACUUGACAGAAACACAGACCUCUAGACUGGGAGUGACUUUUGGACCGGUGUACAGUGGAGAGAGCAGUGCGGGUAUGUUUGUGUUUGUGUGUGCAGUGUUUUAGUACUCGACUGGUCUCGAGACCACAUUGAGUGUUUCGUUCUUGUCUUGGUGUCGGAUACAUUUGUACUCUGUCUUGACUCGGUCUAGAACAGUGACGACUCGUCAUUUCUUCCCGAUACCAGCAGAGUAAAAAAAUAAAACAUAAUUAUCAACUUCCAUUCAGUCAGUACAUAAAACCACUUCGCCAGGCCAAAUAUACAGUGUAUUCAGACCCCUUGACUUUCCACAUUUUGUUACGUUACAGCCUUAUUCUAAAAUAUAUAUAAUUUUAAAUCCUCAUCAAUCUACACACAAUACCCCAUAAUGACAAAGCGGAAACAAAUUUUUUUGCAAAUGUAUUCAGAAUAAAAACUGCUACCUUAUUUACGUAAGUAUUCAGACCCUUUGCUAUGAGAUUUGAAAUUGAGCUCAAGUGCAUCCUGUUUCCAUUGAUCAUCCUUGAGCUGUUUCUAUGACUUGAUUCGAGUCCACCUGUGGUAAAUUGAUUGGACAUGAUUUCGAAAGGCACACACCUGUCUAUAUAAGGUCCCACAGUUGAUAGUGCAUGUGAGAGCAAAACCAAGCCAUGAGGUUCAAGGAAUUGUCCGUAGAGUUCCGAGACGACAGGAUUGUGUCGAGGCACAUAUCUGGGGAAGGGUACCAAAAAAUGUCUGCCGCAUUGAAGGUCCCAAAGAACACUGUGACCUCCAUCAUUCUUAAAUGGAAGAAGUUUGGAACCACCAAGACUCUUCCUAGAGCUGGCCACAUGGCCAAACAGCAAUCGGGAGAAGGGCCUUGGUCAGGGAGGUGACCAAGAACCCGACGGUCACUCUGUGGAGAUGGGAGAACAUUCCAGAAGAACAUCUCUGCAGCACUCCACCAAUCAGGCCUUUUUGGUAGUGGCCAGACAUUCCUCAGUAAAAGGCACACGACAGCCUACUUGGAGUUUGCUAAAAUGCACCUAAAUGACUCUGACAUGAUAAACAAGAUUCUCUGAUCUGAAACCAAGAUUGAACUCUUUGGCCUGAAUGCCAAGCGUCACAUCUGGAGGAAACCUGGCACCAUACCCAAGAAGACUCAAGGCUGUAAUCGCUGCCAAAGGUGCUUCAACAAAGUACUGAGUAAAGGGUCUGAAUACUUAUGUAAAUGAUAUAUUAUUUUUUUUAAAUAAAUGUGCAAAUGUCUAAAUCAGUUUUUGCUUAAUAUGGAAAUAGUCAAGGGGUCUGAAUAAUUUCCGAAUGCGCUCUAUACACUCCUUUCUUAACAUUAUCUUAACAGCCAUAUUUGAGCAGUGGUGAACCUAUAGGCCUUCAGUGUGUGACAUGUUCGUGAUUCUGAAAGGACAGCAAGCGUAAUACCAGCGCACUCAUGUAUGAGUGCACUUUUUGUAAAACACAAAGGGCCGGUGGUGUAGUGGACAGUAUACGCAGGUAUAAGCCAUAUCCCACUUUUUUCCAGUGGGCAUUGCUUAUACUCAACUACUUAAUCCCUACUGAUGCGUAUCAGUGUAGUGGAGGUAUACGACUUAUCAAUUAUGUAGUACAAUAGAUAAAUGAUGCACUAAGUAGCCUACACAAUCGCAAAGCCUGUGAAAUAUAUUCACAUGCGCUCUGCACACAGCCUAGUUUCAGAGGAAUAUCAUCUGCAGGUAGCAAGAGUGUUCAGCUCUCAACUGGUUUUGGCAUGGAGCAGCUCACAGAAGAAUGACAUCCGUAGCCAGUAGGGUAGGAAAGACGUUUCAACUUAUAUCUACCAGUAAAUGCUAACUAAGGCAUCAAUAGAUAUGCAAACCAGGUGUUGAGAAAAAAACUAUUUGAUGUGCAAUUGUCAUCAUGAGCUGUUUGCAUCAGAGGUGUAGACAUGGAUGGGCCUGGGUGGACAGAGGCCCACACACUGGGGAGCCAGGCCCUGACAGGCCCACCAAUCAGAUUGAUGUCGACUUAGACCACCACUUUUUUUUGGGGGGGGGGGGGGUUGAGUUUGAAAAUCAAAUCUAUAGGAAAACUCUUUAAAAAAAUAAAAUAAAAAAAACACACAAAAACAGGAAAACAUUUCACACAGAGUGGGUGCUUUUCCUUCGCUGGGCGGGCUGUUUGGGAACUUUUUCACAACAUUAGAGUAUAUCCACUACUCCAGGCACCACUACACCACUGCAUAGGGAUGAUGGAAAGACAGCAGUCACACACAGCAUGUUAAAGGAUGAGCAGUCCAUACACUCGGACAUAAUAAGCCAGUAGGUCCCAAUAAUAAGAAUACAAAAACGCAACCAUUAAGCAUUUCCCAAUCGAAAUGUACAGCUAUUACUUCACGUUUAGCACACAGAGUAAGCAGUGACUGUUGAUAAUUGGAUAUGGAGAAGGGCGAGCCGGUCAAGGAUCGAUUCAGACAAGGUGAUAAAUUGUAUGACAAGCGACAGUUUAAUUAUGAGUAAAGAUAUCUGGUACAAGCGUAUACGGUCUCGUUCCUUCGGCUCAUAGAGAACCUCCAGAAAAAGCCCAGAUAACAGAAUGCAUAGACAUUUUAUACAACACAGAAAGUAGGUUGAGUCUGGAAGUUCUGGUCCUUUGGUUGGUUCUGGACAGGUUGUUGUCUUCUCAGAUUGGUCCUGAUGAGCUGGGCGUCAUCCUUCUGAGUCUUAUAGCAAAAGUUCUUUGUUACCUAAUGUUCAGCUAAACAGGAGAUUUUGUGUGUGAGUAGUCAGCCCUCCGUCCUUGGGUAUGUGUGUGUGUCUUAUCUCGUGAAAUGCAGACCCAAGCACUCUUGAUCAAGGCCUUUCCUUAUCAGUGUUUAUGAAAGGUCUGUGCCAGCCAUCUGUCUUUGGGUGUGUGAGAAACCCUGCUUAGAAAGAAGUUAGUUAUAACAAUGUAAUAGCAAUAUGCUUGUUAUUUUAAAUGGUAUUUAUUACAUGACCUAAAGUUUAAAGUGGAACUGACAGCAUUAUAACUACUUUGCAGAUAUAAAACAGAAUCAUAUCAGUCAAAAAUAUCUAAUUCCUAGUUCAUGUGACAAAACCAACAUUAGAGGUUUUAAAAAUAGGUUAUAUUUGACUCAACGUUCCAUGACAUACACUAAGGCAUUGUUGGCAGAGUAGAUGGAUGCAGUUCAAUAUAAUUCACCAGUACAUUUCUUGUUAGUCCAAAAAAUAUUGCUAUCAGGUUGUAAAUCACAGCUGGUCUGGUACAUUGUUUGCUGCCUCCAUUCGGGAUGCACUGUUUCAGUUUCAAACUCUCAAUAUUCUGAACAAAAAUGUACAAAUGUAACUAAGGCUGGGAAUGUCAAUACAAUUAAACUAGCAAGGGCAAUGAUCAAGUUAGUCAUAACGUGGCUAAUAGGCCAGCGUAUCUAUUUAUGUAUCAAGCUAAAAACACAGCCUAACGUUAACUAGAUAGGAUGAUCUUUGGAGGAGUGGGUGAGUGACUGACUUUUUACCGUCAUAACAUUUAUUUUGGUGGCUAUACACAGCUAGAGAUGCAAGGUCAGCUAGCAAGAAUGACUGUUAUACAGUUAGCCAGAGGGAACUUGAACGCAAGAGAUAUGCUAUCUCUCUGAUUUCAGAGCACUCUUCUCUGUGCCAGAGCGCUGAACUGGUGACUUUACAAACGCGCAACACCUGCCGAAUAUGUCCUUGUCAGUUAACAUAGGUAAAAAAAAUAAGUUAGUGAAGAACGCUCUAGAUAACAUGUAACCAGGUUUGCUACGGGGAGUAAAAUGGUCAUUGAGGUGUUCUCUCAUUUGUGUCUGGAAGUAGCUAGCUAACGUUAGCAAGCAAGCCAACUUUAGCCAGUUGGGUGCUUGGUUUGGACAAGCUGCAGAAGGGCGCGGAGGCUACAGUCCCCCGUCGUUUAUGGGUGCAAUUUUGAAACUAACUAGCUGAAAGUUUGAGAGGAUUUAUCUAAUGUUUCUUUGUUAGAUUUGAGCUAAUCUUGCUCUGGCUAGCAUGAGUUGAUGUGCAUAACUGAGGAAGAGCCUACAUUUUUUAUGGUUGUUUGAUCAAUAGGACCGUAAAGUUCCCAAAUGUAAGAGGACUCCCGUGGUGUUUACAUUUUGCUGAAAUCCAGUCAGGUGUAUUUUUUUGGUUGAAUGCGUUAUAAUGAUUUAAAGUCGCGCUGUUGCAACUGCCUGUAAACACACAGUCCAGUUCAAAGUGAAUGAUGGCAGGACCGUGUUUCAAAUGGCUUGUAUGAAGGUCUACUGUAUAGCUCUGAUUAGCUACCGGUCUGUGUCGACUGGACAAGACCAAUGGUUUUAUUCGUUUUUUUGUACUGCAGUGUCUAUUAAUUGUCCAAACGCUCUGCCGCUUUCCCACUCUAUAUUGCUAUAGAAUUUUCACAAAUGCCUUAGAAUGUUUUGGAAUUAUGUAUUCUAAGAAUUUAGGAAACCAUGAAAAUGACCAUAUCUAAUUUGUCACUUGUCAGAAUAGUUUUUUAAAAGUGUUAUUAUUCCUGGGGUUGUAUAUGAACAGAUUAAGAUUUCAUGUUGAAAAAAUGCGGUCAGUUCCACUUUAAAUGCAACAGUGUUCCACACAAAUAAGUUAUUUCCGUGCUUCUUUCUACAUCUGCAUUGCUUGCUGUUUGGGGUUUUAGGCUGGGUAUCUGUACAGCAUUUUGUGACAUCGACUGAUGUAAAAAGGGCUUUAUAAAUACAUUUGAUUGAUUGAUGGCUAACAGCAAGCACGCUGCAAUAGAAAACAGUUCCACUCACCAGAUGAUGAUCAUUUCAAACUUCUUGUUGAAAGUUAUUCUUGAAAUGGGAGAAGCUAACAAAUUAGCAACAACAUCCUCUUUGAUAACACCUGCUGCAGCUCCUGUAAACUGUUAACCCUUUUCAUCCAACAAAAACUGAUGAUUAAAUCAGAACAACAUUUAAAAUAGUAUAAUUUAUUAUUAUUUUAUAAAUCCUUAGCCCCAUUGUUCCCCAGUGUGUUUGGUUUAGUAAUAACUCGUAGAGUGGCUCUAUUUACACUCCGCAUGCAUUUUAACUUCUGAAUAUCUAAAGUAUCCAUAUGUUGUUCUGAAAUAUGAACACAGAAAUACUGGACAUUUUGAACUCUUAUGGUGGUGAAUUGACAAUAACAUUCAUGGUCUUGAAUUGGACUCGCAUUUUUCUGGUCUUGACUUUGUCUCACCCUCUUCCUCAGGUCUAGGUCUUGAAUCUGUCUCGCGUUAGGUGACCUGUAACACAACACCAAGUGUCUGUCUUAAUGCUUCUGUAAGUAAGGUGUGGUGAUACAGUAAAUGUGGUGAUGAUGAACUGUUUGAGUAGGAUGUUGUUGGCUGAGGCAAAGGAAUAACUGACUGUGGGGUUUGGUAAACGGUGGUGCAGGUUGUCCUCAGUUCAACAGAGGGAUUUUAUUAUAAAAACUAAAAUGACUGGCAAAUGAUGGACUUACAUUACUAUUAAAAAUGAUUUUACAAUAAAGUUUCUAAAACACUGAAAUAACA